AUGUUAAAAUCUUUGCUUAAUUCUCUUGAAGACCCAACAAGACCUCUGCUUGGUCCCAAUUAUUGGAUUUUAAAAAAUAUGGGUCUAGUUUUGCCGCAAAAUCCAAUAGCGAAAGUGGCUUAUAUUAUUUUGCACGAAGUUGUCUCCUUUUUCGUCCUCACACAGUACAUGGAGUUGUACGUAAUAAGAUCAGACUUAGAUCUCGUGCUGACCAAUCUUAAAAUAUCAAUGUUGAGUAUAGUGUGCAUUGUGAAAGCUAACACGUUUGUUAUUUGGCAAGUCCAAUGGAAGCAAGUCAUCGAUUAUGUCACGGGAGCUGAUCAGUUCGAGAGAGAUAACGAAUCGGUUGAUAGACGCAAAAUAAUAGAUUCCUAUACAAAAUACUGCCGUAGGAUUGUCUAUUUUUAUUUCGUACUAGUUUUUACUACAUUCAUAACGGUCACACAUACGCCAUUGAUGAGAUAUUUAUCGUCAGCCCAAUACCGAGAAGCCUUGAGGAAUGGGACGGAACUGUUUCCUCACAUCUUCAGUUCCUGGAUGCCGUUUGAUAAAUACAACUCUCCAGGGUCCUGGAUCACAGUUAUUUGGCACGUUUGUCUCUGUGCAUACGGCGCCGGGAUUAUGGCGGCCUAUGAUACAAUCAUUAUGGUCAUCAUGGUAUUUUUUGGGGGCAAACUGGAUCUCUUAAGAGAAAGAUGCACACAUAUAUUUGAAAACACAGAAAUUUCAUCUCACGGUGACCAGAUAGAUGAGAAAAUUAGAAAACUGCAUACCAUCCACGACCUUUUGAUGAAACAUUCAAGGCUCUUCAAUUCAUUAUUGUCACCGGUAAUGUUUUUAUAUGUUGUAAUGUGUUCUUUAAUGCUUUGUGCAAGUGCAUUUCAACUUACCUCGGCUACUGAUACUACACAAAAACUUUUGAUGGCGGAAUACUUGGUUUUCGGGAUAGCGCAAUUAUUUAUGUUCUGCUGGCAUAGCAACGAUGUUCUCGUUAAAAGCGAAAAAGUAAUGUUGGGGCCAUAUGAAAGCGAGUGGUGGACGGUAAAUUCAAAGCAAGCGCGCAGUAUACUCAUUCUGACCGUAACUUUCCUGGUUCUACUUAGUGAUAAACAAUUUGAUAUGGAUAACCAAACAAAUCAAGAAAGGACCGUGCCUAUACAGUACGUACGUGGGUCACGAGCAUUUCGUCAGUUUAAGAAUCCACCACAGCCUCAUAUGUGCAUUCAGGAUACGAUAAAGGACACGACUGAAAAAUUGUAUAUUAAUGUUUUAGGUUGGCAAAAAAUUGCCAAUCCAAAACAGUAUUCAGAUCCAAUACCAUUGUAUGGUGGAAUGCAGGUACACCAAGGGUGUGGUCCAAAUAGUAAUAAGCCACCCCUCUUAGUAUUUGCUGUUAUGGUAAACCCAGAUAUUUUAAAGGCCAAUGGAAAAAAUGCUGCAAACCCAACAGAUAGAGAGGCUCUCGUCAGUUUGCUCUGCGACUUUGUAGAGGCAAUGAAUCCUGGUUUAGUAUUAACAAGGAACCCGAUAAUAAUGAAAGACAAAGAUAUAACCGGGGAGCUCAAGGAUGUCUGGCUGGCUGUACAGAAUAAACGAGAAAGAGAGAAAGGGCUGAAUCAAGAUGUUAUGUAUAAGGUUUAUGACAUUGAUGGAAUUGGAUCCGAGGAUGGUGUUGAAGAUGAACAGGCUUUAAGAAAUUGUCAGCAAAAUGACAACGGCUCCCCUAAUAGAAUGCAGAUGUCUGACAAAAAGAAUACAGUUAAAUCAUCGAAACAGAUACUCAAAAAUGCUGGUCAGAAAUCUGAAUUUGACUCGGGAAUGAACAACUAUCAGCUGAACCAGAAUCAGUCAAGUAGGGACAACGCAGACACCACAUACUGCACACCAGUCUACGGCCAAAUAGUUUCGAGCAGAGAAAAUCACAAUCAGAUAAAUGAUAUACAACAGAAAUUCGCGUCAAACGAAAUAACAAAACCAUCAAGCUCAUUCAAAAAGGACUGGCAGUCACCACAUGGGAAAACCACAACGGGUUGGGACGAAUUCUCAAAACGCAGUUUGCCGCCAAAAACAAACGACAAAUACAAAUCUAGAAGUGACAAGUCGAAUAAGCCAAUGAGCAACGGCAAGUCACAUUACGACUUCUACCCAGUAUUUGACAAUAAAGCGUCGAUCGUCGCCAAUCCUGAAUAUUUGGACGCCGAUAAGAACUCUGUUAUAGAACAAGAUAUUAAAGAUAAUUCUAAAAUUAUUAUAGACCCAAUGCAGAAAUUAGUUCUGCAUUCGACUGAUAACAAAAUAUGUGAUAACAAAACAAGUGCUCUCAGCUCAUUUAGCUCAUAA